GAGAAUUAUAUCAAAAGUUAUUCCGUUUAUAUUUUUGCGCACUGUAUUUAAACCUGUAACAUAUGUACUUCAAUCAAAUCGUUAUAUUUGAGAAGUCGAUCGAAUGCGAAAAUUGAUAUUGAAAACUAAGUAGGAAGGGCAGUUUGUUCUUUCGAAUUUAUCCCGUUAAAACUCCUCGAGUACUACGCGUGUCUGUCAACGAACUGAUCGCUGGCGUGAGAAUGAAACACACCUUCUUCAUUCCAACCUUGAAAAAACUAAAAAAACCAGUUUUUUUUUCCCAUCUACUUUUCAUCCGCAUCAGUAAACCCCUCUCUCCAGUGGAACAUUUUUUUUCUUUCCUUUCAGAUGAAACUGCGUUGUUCCUGUUUUUAUUCUUUAAAAAAUAUAUUCUGAAAAUUAUGUCAGUGAAAUGGACGUUUUGUGUCGGAAAUUGUCCAGGCACCGUUUGUGCCUGGGGACCAUCUUCGUCGGGGUAGUGUUCUGUUUGACUUUCAUCAGUUUUCUUGACCGAUGGACACCCCAUCCUCUGCGGCGAAAAGUGCCCAUACGAGGGAAUGACCUCUCUAAUGAUAGUCAGGUUGCUGAAGAGAUGGACCAACGCUGGAAAGCGGAGUACGACGCUCGGGUUCAGAGAGUGCGUGAAAUUUGUGACAAGGAUGAACUCGUCGCCAUGCGCAGAAUUUGGCGAGUGGCAACAAACCGCCGAUUUGGCAAGGAAACGUUCUGCAAAAAUAAAAUGUGUCCCAUCAUCGUCGACGAAAAGAAGGUUCUUUUCUUCUGCUUCAUUCCGAAAGUAGCCUCGACUGCCAUUAAAAGAUUCUUUCUAAACAUAUCGGACAUACACAUCAAUGAAACCGUCCAAGAGAACGAUACCGCUCUCCACACUGUGGCCAAUAAUGCCCUCAGGCGAAUCAGUCCUAUGUUCUACCCGUCCACAACCGUCAACAGAUUCUUCAAAAUGAUAUUCGUCCGCCACCCUUUCGACCGCCUCGUGUCGGCUUUUCGUAGCAAAGCAGAGAAAUCCCGAAAAGAUGUCCCUUAUUUUUAUGACAGAUUCUGGGACCCCGUGAUGAAAAAACUAAGGCCAGACGGUGCACCUCUAGAUCGCAUAACUUUCACCGAAUUCGUCUGGUACUUGAUCCAUACUAUGGAGAGAGACUAUGACGAUCAUUGGGCUCCCUACUGGAACAGGUGCGAUCCUUGUUUAGUGGACUAUGACUUUAUUGGAAAGCUGGAGACGGCCCAACAUGAUUUCCCCUACGCUUUCCGACAGGUGGGCAUCGAUGCAGGAUCGGAAUGGUGGAGGGAGAGUUACCCGCAUUCCCAUUCGUUAACUUUAAAGUACUUUUCAAGCAUACCUGAAGAAGACAUUCUUAAAUUGUACGGCAUAUAUAAAUUUGAUUUUGAACUUUUUGGCUAUACAAUUAAAGAGUUUUUGCACAAAAACGUCAGUUAUAAUGCUUGAUGUUGGCAAAUUUAGGAGAGAAAAAUUAAUAAAUACUUAUCGAAGAUGCA